CUCAGCAUCGGCUUUUAUCCUAGCAAAAACUUGAUCACAGUUGAGCAAAUUUUGAUUGAAAAUUGCCUCGUUCCUGGCUUUCCAUAUAUGGUAAACUACAGCAUUGAACCAGAUUUUCCUAGCUUUGGAUCUAGGAUUUUUCCCUUUGGUUCUUCUAACCAAAUCACUAAUCUCUCUCCUCCACCAAAUACCUUGUCUUUGGAUUCCAGUAGCAUUCAGGACUUUCCUCCAAACUGCAGCAGAGAAGGUGCAAUCAAAAAAGAGAUGCUCCACAUUCUCAACUUGAGAAUUACACAGAACACAAAGUAAUGAAGGAAUGUCUUAGAAUCAAACCUUUAAACCACACAAUUGAAUGCAAAAAACUCUGUGAACUUCCCAAGCAUGUAAGUUUGCAUCUCUUCUUCUCGAACGGAAUUCAAACGGCGCGUGGUAAGUAAUUGAAGAAAUUUCAGCACAGAUGCCAUGCCGGAGUUUUAGCAGCCAAUCUUCACCGGUUUAAGUAUGAAGAGGCGUUCUUUUCAACUAUGCGUUAGAAGAUUGUUGAGUAACACAAGGCCUUUCCCUGAUUACUCCCCAAAGAAACCCUCUAUUCAAGACUCUCAACUUGUCCAUCAAAUUUCAAAUACAAUCAAGUUAAGGCAUACCGAGCCGCUUCUCCAAAUUCUUAAGCCCUAUGAGACUAAGUUUAGGUCUGACCACUUAAUUUGGGUUCUUAUGAACAUCCGGUACGAUUAUGAACUCGUUUUAGAUUUUCUCGACUGGGCAUGCUUACUUAGAGACCUUAACCUUGAAGUUCGUUGUAUUGUUGUUCACAUUGCUGCAGCUUCAAAUGAUCUUAAAAUGGUUCGUGAACUUAUUUGUGAUUUUUGGGCGAAGCCAAAUUUGGAUAUUAUUAAUUGUUUUGUGCAUUUUGUUGAGCGCCUUAUAUACACUUAUAAGGACUGGGGUUCAGAUCCUCAUGUAUUUGACGUUUUCUUUCAAGUCGUUGUUGAAGCUGGUAUGCUGAAUGAAGCAAGAAUUUUUUUCGACAAAAUGUUGAAUUACGGAGUGAUUCUUUCUGUUAGCUCUUGUAAUGUAUAUCUGACACACCUGUCGAGCAAUUCUGAUAUGCUUGGUACGGUAAUGAAGGUUUUUAGUGAGUUUCCUCCACUGGGUAUCUGUUGGAACACUGAGUCGUAUAACAUACUUUUAAAUUUACUCGUUAGAUUUGGUAAAAUAAAGGAAGCCCAUUAUUUACUUAUGAGAAUGGAGUUCAAGGGCUGUAUUCCUGAUGUGGUAAGUUAUAGCACCGUAAUUCAUGGAUAUUGUCAGGGUGGUAGCCUGCAAAUGGUGCAACUGCUUGUCAAAGAAAUGCAGAUGAAAGGUUUGAAGCCAAACUCAUAUACCUACAGCAGCGUAAUGUUUCUUCUAUGUAAAGCUGGUAAAGUUGUUGAAGGAGAGAGAGUCUUGAGGGAAAUGAUGUUAGAAGGAGUUAAUCCAGACCAUGUGAUAUAUACUACUCUAAUUGACGGUUUCUGUAAGUUGGGGAAUAUUCAAGGUGCGUUCAAGUUAUUUUGUCAAAUGGAGGCUCAAAAUUUAUUUCCUGAUUUAAUAGCAUACAGUGCUCUUAUAUGUGGGCUUUCUGGGAGUGGAAAAAUAAUGGAAGCAGAUAGACUAUUUAAUGAAAUGAUUAACAAGGGUUUGGAACCAGAUGAGGUUACAUAUACAUCACUUAUUGAUGGCUAUUGCAAAUUAGGUGAGGUGAAAAAGGCUUUUUCUCUUCACAACCAGAUGGUUCAAGUCGGGCUUACUCCAAAUGUCGUUACAUACACUGCACUGGCUGAUGGCCUUUGUAAAUGUGGGGAGCUUGAUACAGCAAAUGAGCUUCUCCAUGAGAUGUGUAGAAAGGGCCUUCGGUUAAAUAUAUGUACAUACAACACAAUUGUUAACGGCCUUUGCAAAGCAGGAAGUAUAUUACAGGCAGUAAAAUUGAUGGAAGAAAUGAAGGAGGUUGGAAUGCAUCCUGAUACUAUCACUUACACCACAUUAAUGGAUGCCUACUGUAAGACUGGCGAGAUGAGAAAGGCUCAUGAGCUUCUGCGAGAGAUGCUUAAUGUAGGGCUUCAACCAACAGUUGUUACAUUCAAUGUGCUAAUGAAUGGUUUCUGCAUGUCAGGAAUGCUUGAAGAUGGUGAGAGGCUACUAAAAUGGAUGUUGGACAAAGGCAUAAAGCCAAAUGCAGUCACCUAUAAUUCUCUUUUGAAGCAAUAUUGUGUUAAAGAUAAUAUGCAAACCUCAACUAAAAUUUACAGAGCAAUGUCUGCUCAAGGAGUGGUGGCUGAUUGUAACACCUACAAUAUCUUAAUAAGAGGGCACUGUAGAGCAAGGAAUAUGAAAGAGGCAUGGUUUUUGUACAAGGAAAUGGUUGAGAAGGGAUUUAACCUGACAGCCAAUUCCUAUAAUGCUCUCAUCAAGGGCUUUUUUAAGAGGAAGAAACUAUUGGAGGCACGGGAGCUAUUUGAAGAGAUGAGAAGAAAAGGGUUUGUUGCAGCUGCAGAAAUUUACAAUUUUUUUGUUGAUGUGAACUACAAAGAAGGGAACAUGGAAACCACUCUCGAGCUUUGUGAUGAAGCAAUAGAGAAGUGUCUGCUGGACAAAGCUAGGACUGGAGACUGAGGGUUUUGAAUUUAUUGUUCUGCAAGAUUGUGGCUUGAAAAUUAUUGAAGAUGUACCAAAUUUCUGAUAGAGCUGGUUUAAUGGUCAUUGCCUUCACAGCAAGUAGGCAAUUGGCCUUCAUUAUUCUUGAUUUUCUGGUUUCUUCAAAGUAAAGCUCGCAUUCAGAUUUGGCUUUUUGAGCAGAAGGAUUUGAGGAUUGAAGGUCGGAUUAUUGUUUUGGACCUAUAUCCACCUUUUUAGCAGUUUUAAUGGGUUAUGGUUCUGAUGUGAUCUUCAUCCAUAAAAUGUGCUUUGCUUGCUCACUUGUCUUAUAGGAGAGAGACUGCUUUUAAUUUGAGUUAGUUGCGGACUUGCAAGCAUGGAGUUAAAUCAUCUUAUGUAUUCAAAUCUUAUGGUGUUUCUUUUGAUGUGAACUACAAAGAAGGGAACAUGGAAACCACUCUUGAGCUUUGUGAUGAAGCAAUAGAGAAGUGUCUGCUGGAGAAAGCUAGUUUCUGAUAAAGUUGGUUUAAUGGUCAAUGCCUUCACAGCAAGUUGGCAGUUGGCCUUCAAUAUUCUUGCGCUAAUUCCUCUUAUAGGAGUUACCGGUUAUGUUUCAAGUAAAGUUCAUGCAAGGAUUCAGCGAAGAUGAAAAGGUAUGAUGCACGAGGAAGCUUGCCAAGUUGCAAUGGAUGCGGUUGGAAACAUAAGAGCAGUUCCUUCUUUCUGCACAGAAGAGAAGGUUAUGCCACUGUACAAAAAGAAGUGUGAAGACCCCCUCAGUGCAGGAAUUAGGCAAGGUGUCAUAAGAGGAACGGGAUUCGAAAUUUCCCUUUUCCUGCUAUUUUUUGUAUAAGGAGUGUGAUAAAACUGCUCCUUAGCUCCUGAUUCCUCCAAGGCCAAGAGCGGCGUUGCUUCCAUAUUUUCAAUAAUAGACCGAAAUUCUAAGAUAGACUGAAGGGAUGAGUCAGGAACGACAUUAGAGAUUUUGAAAGGAGAAAUCGAGCUUUGCCAUGUAAGCUUUAUUUAUCCAUCCAGGCCGGCUAUUUAAAGUUUUUGGGAAGAGAGUGGCUUUAGUUUGAGAAAGUAAAAAGUGGGAAAUCAACAGUCAUUUAGUUGCUGCAGAGCUUUUAUGAUCCCGAUUAAGGACAUAUAAAUAUAGAUGGAGUUGAAAUUCAGAAACUCCGAUUGAAGCGGCUAAGGCAGCAAAUGGAGCUUGUGAGCCAAGAGCGAGUUUUGUUUAAUGAUGCAGUCCGAGCCAACAUUGCAUUUCGAAAGGACGGAAAUGCAAUCGAGGCUGAAAUCUUAGUUGUAUCACAGUUGGCCAAUGCACACAGGUCCUUUACCAGCUUACUGCAGGGGUCAGCAUGCUAUCCAUGGGCUCUUCAGUUUCCAAUAAAUUUAAAUUGUCUUGUGGGGGAAACAAAGAGUAGCCAUGAUAGUUUGAUCAAUAUCAAAGAUGGUUUAUAUGCAUCCUUAAUCUUACUUCAUUCAAAUGCCUCAACAUAGUUUUCUCUUUUUAUUUUGGCCAACAGAUGGUAAAUAUUGGUGGACAAAAUUUGUUUAUUUUUCGAAAUUUGUUAAGACAAAGAAAACAGAGAUAAGCUGUACAUAUCAGUUCCUAAUUCCUAUAUUUUAUGAAUUUUGUUUAAUU